UUGGUCGGACACAGUCAGCGGUCGAUCAUAUGUUUUUUAUUAUUGUUUUUGUUCGGAACGCGUGAUAAAUGUUUCGUGGUGGGGAUAUUUGCUGUGAUUCCUUUGUUUCACACGCGACUACGGUUGCGAGUUUGCAAAACGCAAUUAUAUUUUGUUCGACGUAUAUUUUCGUCGAGUUAUACUAAAAGUGUGGCCGUUAGUUAUGUUUUUUUGUCCAUUCUCCUGUGAAAUAAUAUACAUUGUUCUUAUAUUGUACAGGAUUAAUAGUGGGAGAUAGAAACAUUUGAAUGGCGAACUUGACUUUUAAAAAAUUGUUGCGGUUCUGAAUAUUUAACUUGAUUGUUAUUCAUUGCUGCUAAAUUUAAAUGAGAUAUUGAAUAUAAAACAGAUCGUAUGUUAGCUCAAAGGUCAAUUUUACUAAACGUGAGUGCAAGGAAUCCUUAUGAAGUUAAACUAUUUUAUAGCCUUCCAGAUUAAGAUUAUUAAAAAGUUAACAACUUGCCUUACAUGAGCCUUAAAGAAUGUCUUGGUUCAAUUAUUGUACGGAGAAUUUGCAGAAAAGAUGCUGCCGAUACUUAUUGCAACGCUAUGUUGGACGUUUCCUUGAGCACAAAAUAGAACCUGACCAAUUAUCUAUCAAUGUUUUAGAUGGUUCAGUAUCUCUUGAAGAUAUUGUUCUUGAUGUCCAGGCACUUAAUGAUGUUGGGGAAGAAAAUCUAUUGCCAUUUGAAUUUGUAGAAAGUAGUGUGGAUAAAAUCUCAUUAUCAGUACCAUGGAGGAAUAUGCUUACAGAUUCAAGUAUAAUACAUAUAGAAGGGCUCAGUCUAACUGUUCGACCUAAUGUAAAAGAAACUGAAGGAAUACCUAGUUCUAUGUUAGAAUCAGUUUGGUCUUCCAUGUCAAAUAGUGUAUAUUCUUCACCAGACAGUGAUUAUGAAGAUACUUUUGAAAAUACACCAGAAUCUGAGCAAGUCUCAGGAUUGGAAGUAUUUACUCAAGCUAUAGAAUCUAUUUUAAAUAGAAUUAAAGUAAAAUUUUCAAAUACUGUGAUAAAAUUAGAAUAUAACCCAGCAUUCUCUAAAUUAGGAAUAGGACUCCAAUUACACAUCAUCAGUUUAGAAUAUAUUGAUGAAGUGGCUGAUGAAUCAAAAGAAGGAAUUGUAUUUGACAGUUUAGCAUUUUUAACAAAAAAGUUAAUGAUUGAAGGAGUAUUUUUACAGACCUAUGAGUUUAAAUGUCAGUCAGCACAUAAUGAAAAUUUAAUAUCAAAAUUAUUAAGUACUGAACCUAUAACUAUUGCAGAAUUGACUGGAACUCAGGCUAUACGAAUGGUACUAAAACAUAAUCCUAGUCUACCUGGCCCUAAAUUAAGUUUAGAAAUAAUCUUUGGACCCCUCAAUGUUUUACUUUCUCCAAGACAAUUUUAUGUAGUAUUAGAACUUUUAAAAGGUGUUUCUAGACCUUUAACAGAAAAAAAACAAUGUGUUCCUGUGCAAAAACCAAUGACAGAAUCUGAUUUUAACCAUAUAGAAUUGGAUUUGUUAAACCAAAUUGAACCAAAGCCUGAUACUAGUGUUGGUUUAAGAGGAAUGCAAGGAUGGUCAUAUUUACAUGAUGAAGAAGAGUUUUAUCCAUUACAAGGUGCCAAAAAAAAUAUUUUUUUACCAAGUAUGGAUUCAUCAAUGACUUCUAGUAUGAGUAGUGUUGCUAGCAGUAGGUCUGAAUUAUCAUCACGACACACAAGACAUAAAAAUAAAAGUAAACAUGAAUGGUUAGGUGAAACAAAUCACUUUAAUGUGCAAUUGGCAUCAAUUUGUAUAGUGCUUUUACAUGAAGACAUCUUAGCAGUAUGUCCUGAAACUGAUACAGUUACUCAAUGUUCACUAAAUGAAUUGCGAAAAAUAUCUCACCAAUAUUUAAUGAGUGUGCAAAGUUCUGACUCCCUUAAAGACAGGGAUAAAAUUACAAAAUCUUUAAAUAAAAACCAUAUAAGAGUGGUAGCAACUAAAUUGAUUGUAGAGGGUGAUGAAAAAACUGAUGAAACUUAUAAAGAUGUUAAUAUAAAUAUCAUGGGAAGUUCUGUAGAAAUCAUAGAAGUUCUUAUAGAUUCUUCUCAAUAUGAUCCUCAGUAUAUUCAUCUUUUAAGAUUUGUACGAGAUGAAAAUGAAUUUCAUGCGAAAACAUCAAAUAUUGAUCAGCCAGAUUUUCAUCUUAAUUUUAAGCAUAAUACCAAAUCCUCAAGAUCAUGUUAUCCUGUUUCUUCUGAUAUCAAGGUUCAUAUGCAAGAAGCAUUUUCUGAAGUGGACAUUUCCAUUAUAAAUCGUUUGUCUUCAUAUAUUCAUAGCCCAGAUUUUAAAAUGUCUAAAAAGUCGUCUUUUAAUAUUUAUCAGCCUCAAUUCAAUGAAGUAAUUGGAUCUGUCAAUGAAACUAGUAUUGUUUGCUCCAUCAACUUUAACUAUCUGGUUUUAAAAUUUCGCUUUCCAGUACCUGAUCUUAGACCGUUAAGUGAUGUUAAUCGUUUGCCAUGGUGGAAACGUGUAUUACGAGAUGAUAUUUUAUGGUUAUAUCUUACCAAUGCAGAAGGUUCAUUUACCAAAUUAUCUCAACAAUUGAAUUCAGCUGGAUAUGAAUUGCAAUGCAAAUCAGUUGAAGCUUUGUUUCAAGAAGCUAACUCUAACAUUGUUAUUCCAAUAGCUAAAUGUUCUGGUAGUGAUAAUGAAUUAAGAACACUUAGAAUUGAUAAAAAACAGCUUCCUAAAUUGGUUUUAAAACUUUGUCCUGUGGUUGGUAAUCUAGAUAAGACAAAUGCAAGUAAUUUAAGUGUUGAACACACUAUGAUUAGCAGUGUUUAUGUUGAAUCCUCUAAAAAACCAUCUCCAUUUGCUUCAAAAAAAAAUAUGAGACAGAGAAAUCAAUAUUCAGAAAGUAAUGAAUCUGAAAAAAAAUCAGAAGAUGGUGAAAUUCAAGUUGUACCUGGUUCCAGAGAAGAAAUUAUGGAAUUUGUAAACAUUACAAAUACUAGUGCCACAAUUUUCUUGGAUAUUAAUUUACCAUGUGUUUUUGUAACGUUGCCCUCCAAACAUCUUUAUGAAACUAUUUAUAAUAGGUUUACCAAUGAUUUGUUUUUUUGGUCACCAUCAUUUCCUACUGCUGCGUCUUGUAUAAAUAAUCUAAAUAAAUUGUCUAACUUGGAAACAACUCGUUAUUUUUCACCUUGCAAGUCUGGAAUACAAUUUGAAUCUGAAAGUGAAUCUGAAGAUGAAUCACCAGAUUUAUAUUAUUCAUGUGGACAAUCUAAAAUGAAUAUUGCUGAUCCUCUAGUAAAACGUACAACAUUUUGUUUAAAUUUAAAUAUUAUGCAUUGCUUGUUUACUAUUGUUACUCAAUCUAGGGAUCGUUCUGGUAGAGUCAUACCACAACAUUAUGGUGAACUCCAAGUUAUGUUUGAUGGGUUAAAUUUAUAUAUGGCUGCCGGAUAUGAAAAUACACCUAGGCAUAAUUUUAUUUGUAUUCAAUCAAAUAAAUUUUGUUUAAGUCAUGAAAAUCUUUUAGUUAGAGGUAAUGAAGUUAUUACACCUAAAGAAGUUGUAAGUAAGAAAAAUAAAUUAUUAAAACGUACAUUAUAUCAGGUUCCUCUCGGGAUGGAUCUUAAAGAAAGACCAGACAUUGAUAAAACUGAUAUGUUAACUAUUGUUGUCGAGAUUUCUGUGCACAAUCAUAUUAAGACUAUACGAGUAGCAAAUGAAAUCUUUGGUACUACUCUAAAACAUGUGUUUAGUAUAGUACCUCAGAGUUGGUAUUAUCAAUUAUCAGACUUUUUUGAUGUUGUUGAUUAUCCAGUUGCUGGAUAUGAAUCCCCACAUGUCAUUACAGAAUUACACCAACAUUUUAAUGAAUGUCUUAUAGAUUAUAGGCCCCUUUAUUUACCUUACCAAUGUGUUCUGACUAUUGGAAACUUUAGUUUGUCUAGUAAUAUAGUAGCAAGAUCUAAAGCAUCUACACUACAUAUAGUCUCAGAAGAUGUUGCUCUCUUUAUUUCUGCUCGAUUAUCAAAUGAAGAAAAUAUAGAUUUAAUGACAAAUUAUAUUUGUGUUAUGGAUUUGGGUGUGUUUGAAUUAUCAUUAAAAUUCUGCAAAAACUCAAAACAAGCAAAUAUGUUGACACAACCUGAAACAGAUCUAAAAAUAGCUAUUAAUGUUAUUCAUAUUAGAACUUGUGCAGAUUCUGCAUUUGCGUUAUGUCAAUUAAUUAGUUAUAUUGCUUCAGAUGGAGAUAAAGUUUCUGCAGAUCUAGGGGAAGCUGAUUUUGAAACAAUUGAUCAAGAAAAAACUAUAUCAACUGAGCAUACAGAUUCUGAUAAUAACUCAUUAUCAAGUCUUAUAAUGGAAGCUAUGCAUGAAGAAAUUGAUGAACAUAAAACAAAAAAUUCUGUUGACAAGAAUUUAAAAAAAAAAAAUUCUUUAAAUUCUAAUCAAAGUGCUAAAGGUGUGGAAGUUUUUUACUUCCCUGAUGAAACCAAUAAAACAGUUACUCCUUUAAAUUCAAAAUCAGAAUUAUUAGCUGAUAUUGAUGACAAUUUUGAUGAUAAUGCAAUUGAACAAGAUUUUUGUUUUGUUGAACAUGAAGUAGGAUCUGGUUUAAUGCCUAGAGAAAAUAUACCUGAAGUAAGAAUGUUGACUAACACCAAUGUAAGAGUAAUAAACAACUAUUUUAAAGCUCCUGUGGGUAAAAUAGAUAUGCUUAAAUCCCCAAAAGAAUAUCCUAUCCCUAUUACUAGAUAUACACUUAGAGAAAUGACCUUAAUUUGGCAUAUAUAUGGUGGAACUGAUUUUGGCCCUAAAACUUCAAGCUCACAAAAUGAGCUAACUAAACAUGUUGUAAUAGUAUCAGAAUCAAAUUCUUGUCCAACUUCUCCAAAUACUCUUAGACCUUCUCUAUCACGUUACUAUUCUCAGACUAAUGUAAACUCUCAACAAAAAAAUUCAAUUAGUAAUAAAGGUUCAACUAACAAUUCACAAGCUAGAACACGUUUUUGUUGUAGUAUUUUACCUACUAGCUGGCAAGCCAAAGGUGGUGCUGGUCGGCAACAUCAUGUCCUUAUGCAACUUCAAUUAAAUAAAGUCCGUUUCCAGCAAGAAACUUACCCACCUCAUACAAAAAAAGCAAAACGACAAGUUUUACUCAUACAAGAUUUUGAAAUUCGAGAUAAGCUUGCAUCAUCAAAUAUUAAUAAGUUUUUAUAUUUAUAUUCAAGUGAAGCAAUGCCCAAACAAUACGAUGCUAAUAUGUUGGUUGUAAAAGCAGCUCAUGUUCAACCUGAUUCCAAUUCGAGAGCCCAAGAAUGCUGUAUAAAAGUAUCUUUAUUACCAUUGAGACUUAAUAUUGACCAAGAUUCUCUAAUUUUUCUGAUCUCAUUUGUUAAUCAGUUUACUACUUUAAGUAAAAUAUCUAGAAAUGAAGUUGGAGAUGAAAAGAUACCACUUUCAAAAUCAAAUGAACCUAUUAUGUCACUAGGAAAUGCAGAUAAUACUUUUAAAACUAUUAUGCCAAACUCAUUAAUUCAAUUAAAUGAUGAGUUUGAAGAACAUUUUGGACAAAAAGAAACACCUCCUGUUAAUAAUUCAGAUAUCAAUGUUUCUUCCAUUGAUAACAAAUCUCCAGUUUAUAUUAGGCAAUUUGUCUUCUCCCCUGAUGUAACUAUUAGAUUAGACUAUGAAGGACGACAUAUUGAUUUUAGUAAAGGUUCCUUAGCUGGUUUGCUUAUGGGUCUAGCACAACUCAACUGCUCUGAGAUAAAAUUAAAGCGUAUUGUAUACAAACAUGGUUUACUCGGAUUCGACAAACUGGUGACAUUUAUCAUGCAAGAAUGGCUACAAGAUAUUAAAAAACACCAGCUACCUUCAUUGUUAGGAGGUGUUGGUCCUAUGUAUUCUUUUGUUAGAUUAAUUCAAGGAUUUAGAGAUUUAGUUCAACUUCCUAUUGAACAGUAUCAAAAAGAUGGAAGAAUAGUUAGAGGAUUACAAAAAGGUGCUAAUUCAUUUACUACUUCAACAGCAAUGGCUGCACUUGAAAUUGCUACAAGAAUCGUAAAUCUCAUUCAAAGAGUAGCUGAAACUACCUACGAUAUGGUAAACCCAGGUCCUAGUAUGCGGCAAUUACGUUUACAAGAAUCCAAAAAGAAAUAUCGUUCAAAUAAACGAGCUCAUCCAGCUGAUAUACGGGAAGGAGUAGCAAGUGCAGUUAUGCUAGUAAAAGAGGGAAUAGGAGAAACUGCUCAAACUCUAGUUAGAGUUGCCACAGAAGAACAUGAAAUUAAAGGCACUGCUGGGAUGGUUGGUGGUGUUAUGCGUCAAAUACCUCCCACUGCUUUGACACCUAUUAUAUUAGCUAGUCAAGCAACAUGUAAUGUUCUGCAAGGAGUUCGCUGUCAAUUAGUACCUGAUGCUAGAGUUGAAGCUAUGCAAAAAUGGAGAUGUGAUUAAAUGUGACAUAUCAUAUAACCAAUUAAUUUACUGUGUAUACAUAAACAAAAACGACAAAUUAUAUAAAAUUAUUAAUGUACAUUAUUUUUAAUGCUUUUUGUAAUGUUUUGUUGAUUUUAAUCAAAAUUAAUUAAAAUGGUUUCAAGACUGUAAUAUUUUAUCACGCAUAUUUUAUAUUGGUUUUAUUUUUAAUUCAAUGAAUAUUUAAGUAUUGCGUGAAACAUAUUUUUUUAUGACUAUAUAGUAUUUUUAAGUAUAUUAAAUUUAAAAGACACCAAAUAUUUUUUAACCAACAUAUGAUCUGUUAUAUUAUUUUUAUAUUUUAGUGCCAUACUCUAGUGAUAUCCAUUGUUCUUGGUUUGCAUUGUAGUUCAGACUUCAUUUAAUUUGUUAAAUGUUUUUUAAUUAUUAUUUACUAGAUAUUUAUUGUCGGAUAUAUAUAUUUUGUAUAGUUAAUAAAAAUAAAUAAAUGAAAUUUUGUUGUUAA